UUGGCUAUCGAUGCCAUCCUAUCAGACGAUGCUUUUUAACCGACCUCCGGAUCGUAUAUAAGGGCUCGCUGGGGACUCUAGUCCUGAUAUCCCUUGUUGUGUUUUUCGAUUUCUUCUUCUCUGCGUCAGAAAUGUCUGGCCGUGGCAAGCAGGGCGGCAAGGCGCGCGCCAAGGCCAAGUCCCGCUCUUCGCGCGCGGGCCUACAGUUCCCGGUGGGCCGCGUGCACCGGCUGCUGCGCAAGGGCAACUACUCAGAGCGCGUGGGCGCCGGCGCACCGGUGUACCUGGCUGCAGUACUCGAGUACCUGACGGCCGAGAUCCUGGAGCUGGCGGGCAACGCGGCCCGUGACAACAAGAAGACGCGAAUCAUCCCCCGCCACCUUCAGUUGGCCAUCCGCAACGACGAGGAGCUCAACAAGCUGCUGGGCCGCGUGACCAUCGCCCAGGGCGGCGUCCUGCCCAAUAUCCAGGCGGUGCUUCUGCCCAAGAAGACGGAGAGUCACCACAAAGCCAAGGCCAAGUGAGGCCCUGCCGCCUGUGCGCGCCCCGUGGACACCAAAGGCUCUUUUCAGAGCCACCACUGAUUCUAGAAAAGAGCCGCUUUGAGCUCGAAGCCUUUUGGCCUGGGGCGGGGUCCCCUUCGAUUCCUUUAAGAGCAUUAGUGCGCAUUAGUCUAAGCAAAGGGCUCAAACUGGGACCAUGGCGCAAGGGAGGGACACGCACGUGCGCGAGGUGGGCGACGGGCUUCUGCUAGAGGCCGGGAAAACCUCCGGACCUGUCCAUUUGCUUGCGAAUAGUGGGGCUUUAUCCUCUGUUAAGUGUCCCCAGAAUUACCGAUUACAGGUACUUGGGAUUCCAAAAAAGUCAGGAUUGCGUUUUUUUUUCUCCUAGGGACAAUUGGGUCGGUUCAUCUGAUAUUAAAAGUGUAUUACACUUUAAUAAAAUUUGCCAUUUGGAAUUCUGAUAGGUGAAUCUUAGGGUUUACACUUGGAACAAGAGUGAACCAGUUAAAAUAGCUAAAUUUUAACAAAGUCCUCCAAAAUCAGGAUCUAAUUGAACUGGGAUUUCAAAAGGUCUUGGUAAAGGUUUUGUUUGCUAGAUCUGUUCUCAAUACUUAAGAACCAAGUUGUUAGUCUUAAAGGAUGUGUAAACAUUUUUUAAGAUUUAUUCAUGAAUGAGUAAAAGGAAUUAAGUUUUAUUUUAAAUCUGAGUUGGUCAAACGUUGAAGAUUCACUUUUGCUUAAGUCAGAACAAAAUUUGUACACUGAAUUAGGUUUCUGAGUUUAGCAUAUUUAAAUUUACAUUUUAAUAAACAGCAAAUUAAAACUGCUAGUGACAGAUAAAGUAGCAUUUGUGUGGACUUUUCGAAAGAUUACUUCAUUAUCUCCACUUUUUAUUAAAAAGGAGGACUGGAGAGCUCCAAGCAAAUUGGACAGAAAUGGCCGUUUUAAUAGCACUUACCCUAAUAGAGGGGACUAGGUGAGCUCUGUCAUGAUCUAUCAGGAUCCCUUGAAUGAUGUGUGCCACAAAAAUCAGAGCUCAGUAAAUGGUAUGUUUUUUACCUUGUUAUUACCUGUACUGUUUUAUUAAUUUUAUUAUAAACAAUAAAUACACGCCAGCAAUGCAAUUCAGGAAUAUUAUGUAAUAUACAUUAUAUAAUUUUGCACACAAUAUGUAUUUAUCCUACUAAAACUGGAUCUGCUCAAACCAGGGCUCUCUAGAUACCAUCUGUGGAGCUAAUCACAAAUCUGCUUGCCUUUACAAAAUAUCCCAGUGUGGGAAACUAGUGCAUAAAAAUUGAUAAGGAGCUGCUCUAAUAGUAUGGUUUUCAGCAUUAAAAUAUUCACAGAAAGUA